AACUCUGCCUGCUUGCGUGAGCCCAUUGCUUCCCGUAAGCUCCACCUCUUCCCCAGCCUCGGUGGCUUAUGGGGGCUGAAACGUCAGGUUUACAUGGCAGCCUCCAGGAAGCGGUGAAGUGAGGGGGACCCAGGAACAGGCGCGCGGAUCAGGAACAUGGCUCCAAAGAUGACUACAGAGCUACUGCGGCAGCUUCGGCAGUCAAUGAGAAGCUCCAAAUACUUUCCACAGCCAAUCCAAGCCUACAUUGUGCCUUCAGGAGAUGCUCAUCAAAGUGAGUAUAUCGCACCUUGUGACUGUCGCAGAGAGUUCAUCUGUGGAUUUGAUGGCUCUGCAGGAACUGCCAUUAUUACAGAGCAAGAGGCAGCCAUGUGGACAGAUGGACGCUACUUUCUGCAGGCUGCCCAGCAAAUGGAUAAUAACUGGACACUCAUGAAGAUGGGUCUGAAGGAUACACCCACACAGGAGGAUUGGCUUGUGAGUGUGCUCCCUGAAGGUUCCAGAGUUGGAGUAGAUCCAUUCAUUAUUCCGGCAGAUCAGUGGAAGAGGAUGGCCAAAGUUCUGAAAAGUGCUGGCCAUGCCCUUGUGCCUGUCAAGGACAAUCUGAUUGAUGCCAUAUGGACAGAUCGACCCCCACGGCCUUGCAAAGCCCUGAUGACACUGGGCCUGAACUACACAGGGAUCAGCUGGAAAGAAAAAAUCACAGCCCUGCGGGGGAAAAUGGCUGAGAGGAAAGCUGUUUGGUUUGUGGUGACAGCUUUGGAUGAAGUGGCUUGGCUCUUUAAUCUCAGAGGCUCUGAUGUUGACUACAACCCUGUGUUUUUUGCUUAUGCCAUCAUAGGGACAAAUGCAAUCAGGUUGUUUAUUGAUGGUGACCGCAUGGCAGACCCAGCUGUGAGAGAGCAUCUUUUGCUGGAUAUCUCUCAGGAUGCUGAGUCUAGCAUCCAAAUACUGCCGUAUGACUCCAUCCUGAUGGUUCUGAAAUCCAUCUGUGACAGCCUGUCUCCUCAUGAGAAAGUUUGGCUUAGUGACAAAGCCAGCUUUGCCCUGACUCAGGCCAUCCCCAAGGAUCACCGUUACCUCUCCCCCUACACCCCUAUCUGCAUUGCCAAAGCUGUGAAGAAUGCAUCAGAGGCUGAAGGCAUGAGAAGAGCUCAUAUUAAGGAUGCCGUUGCUCUGUGUGAACUGUUCAAUUGGCUGGAGAAGGAGGUCCCCAAAGGCAAUAUUACUGAAAUAACAGCAGCAGAUAAAGCAGAGGAAUUCCGUAGCCAGCAAGAGGAUUUUGUUGACUUGAGCUUUGCUACCAUUUCAAGCACGGGCCCAAACGGUGCUAUCAUUCAUUACAAGCCUACUCCUGAGACAAAUAGGACUUUAUCUAUAAAUGAAAUCUACCUCUUGGAUUCUGGUGCUCAGUACAAGGAUGGAACCACAGAUGUGACAAGGACAAUGCACUUUGGCACUCCAUCAGCAUAUGAAAAGGAAUGUUUCACAUAUGUGCUGAAAGGUCACAUAGCUGUCAGCGCUGCCAUAUUCCCCAAUGGAACCAAAGGUCACCUCCUGGACUCAUUUGCCCGGUCAGCUCUAUGGGAUCAAGGCUUAGAUUACUUGCAUGGCACAGGACAUGGGGUUGGUGCCUUCUUGAAUGUCCAUGAAGGGCCAUGUGGUAUUAGCUACAAAACAUUUGCAGAUGAACCUCUGGAAGCUGGGAUGAUUGUUUCUGAUGAACCUGGUUAUUAUGAGGAUGGCUCUUUUGGGAUCCGAAUAGAAAACAUUGUAAUUGUCGUUCCAACCAAAACGAAGUAUAACUUCAGCAACAGAGGGAGUUUGACUUUUGAACCUCUGACCUUGGUUCCGAUCCAGACCAAAAUGAUGCAUGUUCAUUCACUGACCCAAAAAGAGUGUGACUGGGUGAAUAACUAUCACAGAAAAUGCAGAGAGGUGGUCGGGGCAGAACUGGAACGGCAAGGACGACACGAAGCUCUCCAGUGGCUCAUUAGGGAAACGGAGCCCAUCUCCAAGCUGCACUAACAGCAAUGGGUUUUUUUUUUUUAAAGAAAGUGAUUUCCUUUUAAAAAUGGCAAACGCAGGACUGUUUCAGCUUCACGGUAAUAUACACAUGGUACUGCCAGGCCUAGGAGGAGGAUGGGCAGAUCCUUUCAUAAUAAGCAGGAGCCACAGUAGAGAGAAAGGAGGGGGCAGGAUGGAAUUCGUUUCACAUGAGGAUCUGUUGCCUCCCAAUUGAUGAUGAGCAAAAAUUUUAAAAAAACUAGAGCUAUGAAAUUUGUAUCCUUAUGGAAAAAGAGUGAGUCAAUGGGGAAGAACACUUGAUUGUUUGACAUCCUGUGCAGACUUGCUUUGGGCAGAGGGGUGAACAGACUGGAUUCUUUGGUCGAUGCAUAAACUUGACCAAACUAUCUGGGAGGGAACUUCUCACGAUGUAAAUUCAUUGUCUGGAACAAUCCUGCCAAGUGGUAAUGGAAAACGAUACUAUACAUGGGGCACAAACGUGAGAUUAAAAAAAGACUGUUAGUUGCCUUAGAGUCCUCACAGGGAUCUGUCAAAAAGAUUUCAAAUGUUAGCAUUUCUUCAUUCACCAAGAUCUAACAAAAUGAAUUCACACAUUUAUGUUCAUCACUUGAUGGCAGCAACACCAAGCAGUAUCUUGCGUCACCGAAGUAGCCAUCACAGUUCAAAGAUCACAGUGUACAGUUCUGUGCUUGUUUACUCAGAAGUAAGUCCCAUAGUGUUCGAUGGGGUUUACACCCAGGUAUAUAGGAUGACAACCCCUGUUAGCUCACCUUGAACAGAACAACUUUCAGUGGAUGCUGAAGGUGCAGAUGUGUGUCAGUGAGCAAUAACUCAGAGAGAGGCGCAUUUGUGCACCAGCCCUGACUUUGGAACUUUCUUUAUCAUGAUAUUGUUCUUCUAGAAACAAGUAUGAAUAUCUGUUUUGUUAAUGCUUGUCAUGUAACUCAACUGUAGUUUCCUAGAUGUGUGCCUGUCCCCUCCCCAGCUCUUGCAACCGUAGAAGGUAUUAAGCUUCUGGAUGUCUGCAUUAAGUAAAUAUGAAUGUUGGUGUUGGAAAACUCAACAUGUGAAGGGGUCUUGUAUAUUUGGAUCUUUUACACUGCUGAGAACAUGUUUUUGUCCCCAUCUUUGCUUGGCCCUCAAGCAAGAACUCAAAGUGCCAAUAAACAUCACUC